AUGCCUAUCCCAGAGUACCAAGACAUCGGCUCGCUGAACAUUCUGGCUCAGCCAGACACCAAAACCCUAUCACGCAAGUCCGUCAUCGUGACUGGAGGGGCAAGCGGCUUGGGAAAAGCAUACGCUGAAGCCUUUUUUGCAGCCGGUGCUUUUGUUACCAUUGCGGACUACGACGAAGUUGCGGGAAAGGCCACCGAGGCGCAGCUAUCACCAAAUGCCAAGUUUGUCAAGUGUGAUGUCCGCAGCUGGGAUGACCAGGUGGCCGUCUUUGAGGGCGCCAUCGCGGCAUCCCCGGAACACAGCGUCGACGUGGUUGUUGCGAAUGCCGGCAUCGUCGGCGCAGAUGACAUGUUUACCCUAGAUGAUCCAUCCGGGCCACCGGUAAAGCCAAAUCUGCGCAUCGUAGAGAUCAACCUGAUGGGAACUAUAUACACUACAAAACUCGCACUUCACUACUUUCGACGCCAGCCAGAGACUGCAGCCCGUGACCGCUGUCUCAUCAUCAAGGGCAGCGUUGCCGCCUACGCCGAUCAGCCGGGCUCGCCCCAAUACAAUAUCUCCAAGUGGGGUGCUCGUGGCCUGUUUAGAAAUCUUCGUCGCACCAUCUGGAAAGAAGGCAUCCGGGUCAACUUUGUGGCCCCGUGGUAUGUGCGAACGCCCAUUCUGUCACAGAAAAUCAUUGCGUAUCUGGAAUCCAAAGGGGUCAAGUUUGCCACUGUGGAGGACUGUGCGCAUGCGAUGAUCCAGAUUGCAGCCAGGAAAGAAGUCAAUGGCCGCGCACUUGGAAUUGUACCUCGAGAGGAGGUGGCAGAAGGGUUUGUGGAUCUGGCCCACGACGACUACCAGGAGGGAGACUUUAUGAAGGGCUGGCAGGAAAUAGUCUUGGCCACGGCGCAGUCGAUUGUGGAUCUGUAA